UUCAGGAAUGAGCAACACUUUUAUCCUGAGAAUGAACCCAUACAACCAGGAUAAUGCUGUGUCAAGAUUUGCAACACUUGAUCAGUUGAAUGAGCCUCCUGAGCAAGACUCCAACAAUAGAACUAAAUGUGUGGUAUGCAACAGGCAGUUCACAUCAAAGAGUAACCUGAAUCAACAUAUGAAGAUUCACGAAGCUAAAUCCUUGGCAUGUCACAUAUGCUGUAAAUUAUUUCGGAGGAUGACGCAUCUUCGAAGACAUGUUCUUGAUGUGCAUGGCAAAGAAUAUAUUGGAGCAAGAAACAGAAAAUCAUCUUCUCCGAAAUGAUUUGAAUUACUUUUUGCUACAUACCUUUAGGUAUUAUUCCAGCAGACACAGACAUUUUUAAGAUAAAACCUACUGUAAAAUAUUCUGUCCUAUGUCUAUUGAACUUUGUAAGCUACUGUUGGUAGGAUAUUGGGACUUUGGUGAUUAAUUCUUAUCGAGGUUGACUGGCUUGGUAGGUCGGCUUAGUAACUUGUGGAAAAUAGGAUCUAAAGUAAAAUAUAUGUUUCAGUUCUAUUCAAUAUUGCAUCAAGUCUUUGGUACCAUACAUUACUUGUAUGUCCAGUGAACAACUUUAUAAGUUUAUAUUCGAUUUAUAUAUGAUUUUAGUUUUGUCACAUCUUUAUGUAUUUUUGGAUUAAAAUAAAUAAAAAAAUUAAUACAAGAAAGAAAAUCUUUAUU